AUGUCGGCAGACCCUCCUCCCGACAUCGCAACCCCCCCAGAAGCUGCUGCAGCUCCAGCAAUGGUUUCCACUUCGUCGCAGCUGCGCGACCAGCUCGCCAAGGUCCAGUCAGCGCUUCACCAGGUCUCUGCUGAUCUUAGCGUUACCUCCAGCCGCGUCACUGCUGUAGAGGCUGAGAAGGCUGAGCUCGCCGAGGAUAUGCAGAGAAUGAAGGAGCGCGCCUCCGAGACAAAUCAGGAGCUCUACAGACUGCGCCUGCAGAAGAACGAAGCGUCGCAAACCGUUGCCACCCUUCGCGUCGAGGUCUCCGAGCUCAAGAUGGCUGCCGACUCUGCCAAGGUAACGAACGCCUUCUUCGACGCUACUGACUCGCAGUUCAACGAACAACGUUCCGUCCAAGCACUGAAGAGCAGCCGCAACGAGGUCAUGAGUUUGACCUCGCAGAACACAGAGCUCGAAGAGCGGUUCGCCAAGUACCGCGCGUCAUCUCAAUCACAAUACUCGGAGCUGCAGCAGGAGCGCGACCGCCUCGAGUCCAAGGCGGUGACGACCAGGUCAUCCUACAACGCCCUACAACGCACGUACGAGGAUCAGGCCACCAGGCUCGCUGAAGCGCACGCGAACGUGCGGACGCUCACGAACACUCUCGCCAAGCAGAAGGCCGAGAACCGCCUGGAGCUUGAACGCGUGAUUGCCCAAAAUGCGCUGCUGGAGAAGUACUCGACCGAGGCGCGAGACACUGUUCAGGAUCGUGAGGCAGAGCUCGAGGAGAUGGCAGGCCGGUUCUCUGAGAAGGAGCGCGCGCUCGAGGAGACGAUCAACCGCUUGGAGGGCGAACUCGCGAGCUCCAAGAAGCGUGCGGACGACUUCAAGUUCGCACUUGACCGCUUGACCUCCGUCAACGAAGCCAGCCUCGACUACAGCCCAACUGCCACCAUUGCUGCCCAACAGCGUGCCAACGGGCAGUCGUAUACUCAUGUCUGGACGCAGAACGUCCUCCUCCAAGAGCAAUUGAGCGAGGCAAACACCAAGAACGAGCACUUGGAGGACAUGAUCCGGCAGAUCCAGGAGGAGAUCAUGGAGAAGAAACCGAUCUUUGACCAGCAACGCAAGGAUCACGAGCUUGCCAAGGAGCGUGCAAACACCCUUGCUGGCGAGCUCUCUGGAGCCAUCACCGCUCGCGACGUCGCGCAGCAGCAGGCGCGCGGUGCUGAGGCUGAGGCCAAGCGCCUUGCCGAAGAGGUGGCUUCUCACCAGACCACCGUCGAGGACCUCGGGUAUCAAGUCCGCGAGCUCGUGCGGCAAAUCGCACUCCGCGACAACCCCAGCCUUGCGCACUCGACCUCACCAUCUCAGGAAGUAUCGGAUGGAGACAUGAUCACCGACCACUUCGUUGCGUUCGCAUCACUCGACGCGCUCCUGAAGCGGAACCGCCAACUACUGACCCUCACGCGAAGCCUGGCGUCUAAACUCAGUGACAGAGAGACCACCCGCGCCGAGGGCGAGGCUACGACUGGUCUAGAAAUUGACCAGGCGGCUGAGAUCAUCGAGCAGCAACGCGAGCAGCUCGAGCAGACCUCCACCAAGCUCUCCGAGGUGACCCGCGAACGCGACCUUUUCUCCAAGCUCUUGUCGAAGGGUGAGGGCCUGCACUGGCCUGGGACCGGCUCCAACUCGAUACACGAUGACUCCAACGAGCAUGCCGUUGCGUCGCUCCAGGCUGAGCUAGCUGCUGUUCGCUCUCGUGCCGAUAAGGAAGUAGAAGAAGCGAAGGCUCGGGCGCGCGAACAGAGUGAGAAGGCUGGCAAGGCGGAAGUGGCCCAGGCCAAGGCAGACGCUAUGACUGCCCAUCUGCAAGAGCAAGUGCGCAGCAUCAAUUCGACUCUGGGGCUGCAGAAGACCAACUACUCCAAUCUCGAGUCUCAGCUGUAUCAGGCGCAGUCCCAGCUCAACUCAUCGCAGCUCGACCUCCGUCGCGCUCGCGAGGACGUCGCGUCGCACCAGGCAGCCGAGAAACGCCUGCGCGACGAGGCAGCCCAACUCCGCGCCGAGAAGGAGCUCUGGGAGAGCCGACAGGCUCGCCUCGAGUCCGACCUGGCCGUUGUGCAACAGGACCGCGCGAAGCUCACGUACACUAUCGAGAACUUUAACAAUGUUUCGACUGCCAGUGAGCGCACACGUGCGGAGGAACACACACGGUUCCAGAAGCGCAAUGAGGAGCUCCAGGCCCAGACCGCCACACUUCGGUCUCAGGUCGACGAGGCGCGUAAGCACGCCUUUCAGGCGCAGAAGAAGGCCGACGAUGCCGAUGCUCGCAUCGCCUCGGAGACGGCCGCCAUCCGAGCGGAGAAGGAGGCGGCGGUGGCUAGCAAGACCGCAGAGGUCGAGGCCCAGCUUGCCGAGGUGGAGAAGGCGAACCAGCAGAUCAACGAGUCGAAACGAAUCGGCUUGAAUUGGCAGCGCCGUUCGAGGGAGCUGCAGGGCCAGGUCGAUGAGCUCACGGCUGCCAACAACAGCAUGGCCGAGAAGGAAGCGGCGAUCAUAAAGCUGACAGCCGAGCUCGAGGAGGCUAGGGCAAAGAUCACCACGCUCGAGGCCAAGAUCUCCGAGUUGGAGGCCAAGGUCACGGAGGGCGAAGCGUCACACAGAACAAAGGACGCCAGGGUGUUGAACCUGGAAGCCGACCUUGCUGCUGCCCAGGCUGGUGGAGCUGCUGCUGGAGCGGUGGCGAGUGCGACGGCUGAUGCUGCUGAAUUGACGGCUCUCAAAGACGAGCGUGAAUCGCUUCAACAACGCCUUACCCAGGCCGAGAAGGAUCUCGAAGCUGCCAAGUCAGCAGGUUCGUCCGCUGUUGCAGCCGCGGAACCUGCCACAGGCAGUGCAGGCGAGCUGCAAGCCAAGAUUGGCGAGGUGACCAAGAGACUCGAGGAGAAGGAGACACAAUACGAGAACGACGUCCGCAAGGUCAACAAGGCCAACCUGAGCAUGAAGGCACGCAUCGGUAUCCUCAACGGCGAGCGUGCAAGCCUCGACCAGAAGAUCGCCGCACUCGAGAAGGAGGUCACUGAGCUGAAAACUACGCUCGCCACCGCUGAAGCCACCGCAGCGUCCGCCGGGUCUGAGAGCGCGACUCCCAGCCAGGACGCGAUCGCGGAAGCUGUCAAGGCGGCUGUGUCGAAGCGCGAGGCCGAGCUUAGCGCGAAGCACGAAGCGGCGCUCUCUAAGGCGUCUUCGGGUGGACCUGCCGGGUCUGUCGUGGCUGCUGUCAGGGCCGCUGUCGACGCCAAGGAGGCUGAGCUCAAGGCCGCUGUCGACGCCAAGGAGGCUGAGAUCAAGGCCGCUGUCGACGCCAAGGAGGCUGAGAUCAAGGCCGCUGUCGACGCCAAGGAGGCUGAGCUCAAGGCCACUGUCGACGCCAAGGAGGCUGAGCUCAAGGUCGCGUACGAGGCGAAGCUCGCCCAGGCCAAGGCCGAGCUUGCUGCCGCUGGCGGCAGCGGCGACGCAACAUCGGCAGCCAAUGCCGCGGAGCUCGAGAAGAAGGUGGAGGAGUUGGAGAAGAAGGUCAAGGCGCUGGAGCGAAGUGCCCGUACGGCGGAGAUUUCGCGAAAGACGCUCGAGCGCCAGAAGAACGACCUCGAGUCUAAGCUGGCCGCCGCCAUUGGCACGAACGGCGGGCCAUCACCGGCGGCCGCGUUGUCCGCUGUUGCGACACCCUUCAAGCCCGCCACGCCUGUGACGCGCUCGGCAACCGCAGCUGUUGCGACACCUGCCACUCCCACCGCGGCUGCUACCACCACGCCGGCUGCAGAACCCUCUGCGACCGUAACCACGUCGGGUGACUCGACCCCUGCCCGUGGCGGGAUGGCGGUCCGCGGUAUCCGGGGCCGUGGCACAGCUAUCCGCGGACGCGGCGCUGCGCCCGGUCCACGCGCCAACAUUCUUGGUAACGUCAAUGCCACACUUGCUGGCUCAACAGAGGGCGGGAUGAAGAGGCCAGCGCCUGAUGACGAGCCCGCGAACAUGGGGGCUGGGGCUGGCAGCGCAAUCCUGCAGCGCCUCAAUAAGCCGCCGGCAGAAGCUGCUGCGCGGCCAGCCAAGAAGGCACGUGGCGGUGCAGCAGCCCGUGGCGGACGAGGGACAGGCCGAAGGCCAAGUGCCGCAGGGCAUCAGGAUGGGACGGGCGGUACCGGAGGAGCAUAG